AUGAUUCGUCUUGGGCUGGUUAUAAUUUGCCUUGCAUUUUGUGCUCAAGCUGCAUGGUUGAAUCUACCCUCUAUUGCGUUGAGAACAUCAAGGCAUCUGCUCUCUUUCGAUAAUCUUCCAGAGCCUAUUGAAGUAGAGAAAAAGUUUCAGGAUGAUGACGAGGGUCUACUUGAAGAGAUAGAAAAAAUGCGCAGAAAGUAUGUGGAUACAGAGCCUACGAAAGAUAAAGAGGAUGUAGAUUUUUUUUCAAACUUGGAGGAAGAUCAGGAUAGCCAUGAAGACAGCAGCGAGAAGAAAAGCCCGAUUUACCCACCCAACAACAAUAAGUGGCAAUACAAUAUGCUAGACGAACCACGAGAGUCUGUUCAUGAGGUUGUCGUGCGAAACAACGAAGAGGAAGAAGGUGUGGAGGUGAGUAAUGUGUGCGUAAGAAAGGAAUUGCAAGUCUUAAUAUUGGUAAUGUACAACCGUACCAAGUUGCCGUACUUGCCCUAG